AUUUAAUCUUCAAGAGACAAAAAGGAGGUAAACAACAGUAAUAAGUUCAUUUCUCACUUAAGACAAUUAGAGUUAAUUUUAAAUUCACAUUUCAAAAUAGUCUACAAAAGCAAGCGAAUUUAUUUCUUCUGUGUCAUUUGUUAAAGUGUAUUUCAUAAGUGAAGAUAAAAAAGUAAAACUGUUUCCAACAAAAUGAAUCCAAUGUUUAUUAAAUCAAUUACAGUGAUAUUAUCCCUCAAUUUGAUUGCGAUGGUUCUCGGUCAAGGGGAUGAUCUUGGUGGUCUCGAUGGAUUAGGUGAUCUCGGAGAGCUUGGAGGAGAAGGAGAUCUCGGUGGACAAGGUGGACAAGGAGGACAAGGUGGUAGUGAGUUCGGAGGUGAUUCUGGUAGUUUUAGUGGAAACUCUGGAAAUUUCGAUAGCUCAUCUGGUGGACUCGGAGGACAAGGAUUCGGAGGAGGUUUAGGUGGCUUAGGGGGCAACCAAGGCGGUGGAUACGGCAAUUCCCAAGGACAACAAAACGGUUUGGGUCAACAAGGUUUAGGAGCUUUAGUUAAUGGUAUUGGAGGAGGUAUCGGUAAUCUUCUGAAUCUUGGCGCAUUAGGUCAAAGAGGUGGUGCUGGUGGACCCGGUGGUUUAGGUGGUUUAGGUGCCUUGGGUAAUCUUGCUGCUCUUGGUCGUCAAGGAUUAGGUGGACAAGGAGGACAAGGAGGUUUAGGAGGUCUUGGUGGUUUAGGUGCUUUGGGUAACCUUGCUGCUCUGGGACGUCAAGGCUUAGCUGGACAAGGUGGACAAGGGCUCGGUGGACAAGGUCUUGGUGGAGGCUUAGGACAAGCUCUUGGAGGUGGAUUGGGUUAAAACUUUAAACCUGAUGAAAAUAUCGACAAUUUCAAGGAAUCUUGAUUUUUACAAGAAAAGCUAUCGACCAAAAAUUUACCAACGAUCUUGGGUUAAAUUUAUGCCACAAAUGUAAUGAAAAUUGAUUUGCUACAAUUUUUUUCUCCAA